GGGGUAGCGGUUGCGAUGACGGGGGAGGAUGGCAAGGGGGUCGGGCCCGGAGGGGGCGGGGGGGCCAGCGAGGGGAGCACCACUGAUAACGCGAACGUCAAUCGGCAGAACGGGGCACCGGAAAAAGCACCGGUCGUCACCGGGACCAACAUGGAGACUUUACCGCGACCUGGGAAACAGAGCGAUCCCAGCACGGCGUUCCUGAGGGCAGCCAGGGCGGGGCAGCUGGAGAAAGUUUUAGAGUAUCUGGAAUCGGGGGUUGACAUCAACGCGUCCAAUGCGAACGGAUUGAAUGCUUUGCACUUGGCUGCCAAGGAUGGCCAUUUGGAGAUCGUCAGGGAGUUGCUGACGAGGGGGGCCAUUGUUGACGCCGCCACGAAGAAGGGAAACACGGCUCUGCACAUAGCUUCCCUUGCUGGACAAGAGGAAGUCGUGCAGCUACUUGUUCAGCGUGGGGCGUCCGUGAAUGCACAAUCGCAGAAUGGAUUCACUCCCUUGUAUAUGGCUGCUCAAGAAAACCACGAUUCCGUCGUCAAGUUCCUGCUUAGUAAAGGCGCUAAUCAGACCCUUGCAACAGAGGAUGGUUUCACACCUCUGGCUGUGGCUAUGCAACAGGGUCACGAUAAAGUUGUUGCCGUGUUGCUGGAAAGCGAUACCCGUGGUAAAGUUCGAUUACCGGCACUCCAUAUUGCCGCGAAGAAGGACGACUGCAAGGCUGCGGCGUUGCUCCUACAGAACGAUCACAAUCCCGACGUGACGUCGAAGAGUGGAUUCACGCCGCUCCACAUCGCCGCUCACUACGGCAACGAUCGAAUCGCUUCCUUGCUCUACGAUAAAGGAGCGGAUGUCAAUUUUGCGGCAAAGCACAACAUUACGCCGAUGCACGUGGCAGCUAAGUGGGGGAAGAUCAAGAUGGUGAAUCUCCUUAUGAGCAAGGGUGCUAAUAUCGAAGCGAAAACGAGAGACGGCUUGACGCCGCUUCAUUGCGCCGCCAGGUCUGGACACCACGAAGUCGUCGAUAUCCUCAUAGAAAAGGGAGCGCCGAUUGGCUCGAAGACGAAGAACGGCCUUGCACCGCUGCAUAUGGCCUCUCAAGGGGACCACGUGGAUGCUGCAAGGAUCCUGCUGUACCAUAGAGCACCUGUCGACGAAGUCACCGUAGAUUAUUUGACCGCUCUCCACGUGGCAGCCCACUGUGGCCACGUGCGAGUUGCUAAACUCUUGCUUGAUAGAAACGCCGACCCCAAUGCCAGGGCACUCAAUGGAUUCACGCCUUUGCACAUAGCUUGUAAGAAGAACAGGAUAAAGGUCGUCGAGCUCCUGCUUAAGCACAAGGCCAGCAUCGAAGCUACCACCGAGUCGGGACUGACUCCGCUGCACGUCGCAAGUUUCAUGGGGUGCAUGAACAUCGUGAUCUACUUGCUGCAACACGAGGCCAGCCCGGACAUACCUACGGUGCGAGGGGAGACGCCUCUUCACUUGGCAGCUAGGGCUAAUCAGACCGAUAUUAUCAGGAUACUUUUGAGAAACGGAGCUCAGGUUGACGCCAGAGCAAGGGAGGAGCAAACUCCACUUCACGUCGCUUCUAGGCUGGGCAACGUCGACAUCGUGAUGUUAUUGCUGCAGCACGGAGCUGACGUUGACGCCACCACGAAAGACCUUUACACUCCUCUCCACAUAGCCGCUAAGGAGGGGCAAGAAGAGGUUGCGUCUGUUUUGUUGGAAAACGGAGCUUCGCUUACCGCAACCACGAAGAAAGGGUUCACUCCUCUGCACUUGGCAGCUAAAUACGGCAACAUGAGCGUUGCGAGGCUUUUGUUGCAAAAAAACGCCCCGGUCGAUGCUCAAGGAAAGAAUGGAGUAACGCCUCUUCACGUCGCAUCGCAUUACGAUCAUCAAAACGUGGCGUUACUUUUACUCGACAAGGGUGCUUCGCCUCAUGCCAUGGCAAAAAAUGGCCACACUCCUCUGCAUAUUGCGGCUCGAAAAAACCAGAUGGACAUUGCGACUACUUUGCUGGAAUACGGAGCCAAGGCAAAUGCGGAAUCAAAGGCUGGAUUCACGCCGCUUCAUUUGAGCGCUCAGGAGGGACACACCGACAUGUCUACGUUGCUUAUCGAACACAAAGCAGACACAAACCACAGAGCAAAGAAUGGUCUUACGGCACUUCAUUUGUGCGCUCAAGAGGACAAGGUCAACGUGGCUUCUAUUCUGGUGAAGAAUGGUGCUGAAAUCGAUGCCACGACGAAGGCUGGAUACACACCGUUACACGUGGCAGCUCAUUUUGGUCAAGCAGCUAUGGUGCGGUUCCUCCUGAGAUCAGGUGCUACAGUGGACAGCAGCACAGGUGCUGGUUACACACCUUUACAUCAAGCUGCUCAGCAAGGACAUACAUUGGUCAUCAAUUUGUUGCUCGAAAGCAAAGCCAAACCCAAUGCUGUCACCAACAAUGGUCAAACAGCGCUGGACAUAGCACAAAAACUUGGCUACAUCAGCGUCGUCGAGACAUUAAAAGUCGUGACGGAGACUGUCAUCACGACCACACAUACCAUUACCAUCGAGGAGAAAUAUAAGGUGCAGGCUCCCGAAUCCAUGCAAGAGACGUUCAUGAGCGACAGCGAAGACGAAGGUGGUGGCGAUGAAAUCGGCAUGGCAGCCAUGAAUGUGUACGGGCAGCCUCCUCACGCGCAACACGUGUACCUCCCUUCCUACUACCAGGGCCAAAUGACCUACACUCGCGAAGACCCGAUGUUAAGCGACCAGCAGCAAUAUCGCUACAUGACCGUCGACGAUAUGAAAUCCAUGGGGGAUGAUUCCAUGAGAGUCAACGUCACCGACGACGAGAGGGACAACAGGCACCCUGGGGCACCGACCAUAACGGAGAUGAUUACCAAGGAGAGUUACCAGCGUUCCAACGCGGCGAAUCUCAAACCCGACAACGUCGACAUUAACAAGCAUCCCAUUCACGUCGGAAUUCCACAGUGGAGAAACUUCCUGGUUUCCUUCCUGGUGGAUGCCAGAGGCGGUGCCAUGAGGGGAUGUCGACACAGUGGGGUCAGGGUGAUCGUUCCACCUAGAAAAGCCGCGAUGCCGAUGCGAGUCACCUGUCGGUACUUGAAGAGGGACAAAUUGACGAAUCCUCCUCCUUUGAUGGAAGGCGAGGCCCUGGCGAGUCGGAUUCUGGAACUAGGACCUGUUGGUGCAAAAUUCCUUGGACCCGUGAUAAUAGAGGUGCCGCAUUUCGCGUCCCUGCGAGGAAAGGAACGAGAAAUCGUGAUCCUGCGAUCUGACAAUGGAGAAACCUGGCGAGAGCACACCCUGGAGGCCAGCGAGGAGGCCGUCCAGGAUGUGCUUAACGAGAGCUUCGAAGGGGAAGAGUUAAGCCAGCUAGAAGAUCUUCAAACGUCGAGGAUCGUGAGGAUCCUUACCGUGGACUUUCCUCACUACUUCGCCGUAGUGUCGCGCAUCAGACAGGAAGUUCACGCAGUUGGUCCAGAAGGUGGUACCGUUUCCUCUUCCGCCGUGCCACAGGUGCAAGCCGUGUUCCCGCCGGCAGCUCUCACGAAAAAGAUCAGAGUUGGCCUGCAGGCCCAUCCCAUUCCCGCGGAAUUGGUCGCAAAGUUGCUGGGCAAUCGAGUGGCGGUAUCCCCGAUCGUCACCGUCGAACCAAGGCGAAGGAAGUUCCACAAACCGAUUAUUUUGACGAUACCUGUACCCCAGGCUGCGAAUAAAGGCAUGAUCAAUCAGUACUCUGGGGAUGCUCCGACUCUGAGGCUCUUGUGCAGCAUAACUGGGGGUCAGUCUCGGGCAGUCUGGGAGGAUGUCACCGGAUCCACCCCAUUGACAUUUGUCAAAGAUUGUGUCUCCUUCACAACGACCGUGUCUGCACGAUUUUGGCUGAUGGAUUGCCGAAACAUUUCCGAGGCCACGAAAAUGGCCACCGAACUUUACACGCACGCAACCCACGUGCCAUUUAUGGCUAAAUUUGUCGUCUUUGCAAAACGUGUAGAUCCGCUGGAGGCGCGAUUACGUGUAUUUUGCAUGACGGACGAUAAGGAGGAUAAGACCCUGGAGCACCAAGAACACUUUACAGAAGUCGCUAAAAGUCGGGACGUCGAGGUUCUCGAAGGCAAGACCCAAUAUAUGGAGUUCGCCGGAAACCUCGUUCCUGUUCUGAAGAGUGGAGAACAGCUUCAGCUGCCUUUCAGAGCCUUCAAAGAAAAUAGAGUUCCAUUUACCGCCAGAAUAAAGGACCCCGAUGCAGCCGACAUGAUGGGUCGCAUAAUGUUCAUGAGCGAGCCAAAGGUUGCGAAAGGCGAACCACCGCAAACUCCUAUCUGCACCCUGAACAUCCUGUUGCCGGAGAAGAUCUCGCCGGAAGCUGCUUCAUCCGAACUAGACCUGCUGGAAUUGUCCAAGAAUUACAGUUUCUUACGAGAUGGAGGCAUCAGUAGACCAGAUGCGAUACACAGAGCGACCAUCCGACUAACCGACAUCGCCAAUCUGCUGGACACGGAUUGGGAAAAGUUGGCGGAGGAGCUAAAUAUUCCGCCGAACGAGGUCAGCACCAUAAAACAAGAGUACCCUGGAAAGCCUGCUCAACAAGCUGCAGCCAUGUUCAAAAUCUGGCAGGGCAACGGCAACAAAGCAACAGGUAACACGUUGGAGAAGGCGUUGAAUAAAAUUGGUAGGGAGGACAUCGUGAAGAAGUGUAUAUUCAACGUGGAAUUGGUAACCGAUGACGUGGAAAAAGCGGUGGCUAGGGUCAGGCUAGACCAGCCAGGAUUUGACUCCUUGAAGGAAGAAUUAGGACCUUCCAGGGAUACGUCUCUUCGCCGAGAUGCGACGAUGGAUCCCAAAAUGGACCCGGAUUACGAAGAACCCGAUCGAAUGAAGGACUCUGAAUCGGUGGAGGACCUCAGCAUGCAGGGGAUGACGCCCCUUAAGAAAUCCAAUCAGCACAUCACUAUCACAAACGGCACAGUGCCCAACGGAACCUCGACCCCCAUCAAAGACAAAUAUGCCAGUGACGAGAAAGAGCUCGGAGACGUGAUGGCAGAUUUCAUAGAGCAUAAGUGUCAGGUCUCAGACUCUAUGUCGAAAAAGUCCCGCGAUGACCCUGACGAUGAGAAUAAAAAGCGACAACGAGUCCUCGACGACGCCAACAAAUUAGUCGCCGGUGUAAUACAAGACGCUGAGAAAGAGAAGGGGAAGUUAGCGAAGGAAGGGUGGUCGGUGGUUUUUGAUGAUGAUGUGCGCGAGGACGAGCGGAUCGAAGGUGCGGUAGGUCAGCAACCAGCUCGAGUAGAGCAUAUAGUUUCGCUCCAAUCGGAAGGUCUUCAGGAUGUCGAACCACCGGUAGUUAAAAGGCAGCGUCCCGUGGGAGGUAAAGUAGACCCGAGGGUGCCCACCGUCUCGACGAAGACGGUGGUCACUAGACAAGAUGACCCGAGUUUAGGUCAGACAGUCGUAACCGAGACCACGGUGGUCAAGGAAUCCGUAGGUUCGGUUCCAUUCGGUGAGACCCAUUUCUUCGGUCCUUCCGACCCUGUGAUAGGCGUAGCCAGGACUGGGCAGGAAUUGGAAACCGUCGUUAGGGAGGAAAGAACGGACUCGACCGUGACCACGGAAAUCACGACGACGACGGAAAUAGUGACAUUAAAAGGACCCACUUUGGUUUCCUUCGGUCAGGAUAGUGCGACGGAUAGAGUAGAUCCUCUGAAGGGUAAGGUCAUCGUGUCCGGCUCGGUUACGGAGGUUGAGGUAGGUCAGGAUGGUAGGGUACGUCAGGGACCCAAGGUAGAGAGCGCUCAAGGGAAGGUUUCUGGCGUCAAAGGGAAGGACGAUGGUAGAGAUGGGGUCACCAAGAGCGUCGUCAAGGUGUACCCUGACGCGGAUUCGAUGAAGAAGGAGAUCUCGAGUGAGAAAGAGAAGAUGUCGAAGGAGGGGAAGGAGGUGGACGAGAAGUCCAAGGAGAAGAAGGAUGGCAAGGGGACCCUGAAGAAGGGGGAGGGGAAGGCUGGGAAGGAGUCUCCUGCGAAGGAGAAACCUGCCGAUGAUAAACGCGCUUCUGCCUAUGAAGUCGUGUAUAAUGCUCAGCAAACUGCUGAAGGAUCUAAGGAGGAUUUGGGACCGGAAGGGAAGAAGAAGGAGAAAUCCGGAGGACUCUUCUCGGGCAUGUUCAAGACUCCGAAGCUGAAGAAGGGGAAGUCCAGGGACUCCAAGGACCUGUCCUUCGAUAGCGGAGAUGAGGACACCAAGGAGGCUACGAAGAAGUUCCUGGAGGACACCAGAAGAGUCGCCGAUGCCACUCAUCGCGAAAAUAAGCUUCUGGGAGCACCUUUGGUUGCAGUCAGCGGAGAACCUGUCGAUCCUAUACUCGCGACGGCGGAAUUCUUGAGCGACUCCAGGAAAACUGCUACGAUUCUGCAGGUACACGAGAUGUCCCCCAAGGACGCGAAAAUUUCGCAAGAUUCCAAGGAGAAGACUGCCCAGGUCAAGGAGAAGCCCGAAGUACAGGGUGCGACUAGUGAAGACGAUGCGGAUGAUGGGAAGGAGAAGGGCGGCUUCUUCUCCAGCUUCUUCAAGGGAGUCAAGGGGAAGAAGGAAAAACUUGCCGAUGAUAUCGACUCGGCUGCAGAUGAUGCGAGGCGAAGCACAGAGGUUGCCGAAGCUAAGGUGAAGAAGGACACGGAGGAAGCGAGCUCCGAAGUCAAAAACAUUAAGGAUAAGCUUGGCAAAGACGUCGAGACCCUGAAAGGAGAAGCGAAGAAAUCCGAGGACGCAGUGAAGGAGGGGACGAAGAAGGUUGUCGUUGAAAUUAAACAGGAUGUUCACGCAACCGCAAGAGAAGCUGAAGACUUUCUUAAGUCUGCAGCCGACAAGUCUACGAAGGCCAUCGACGAAGGCAAGGAAAUCAAGGAUGCAGCGAUAAAGGACAUUAAAGAUGGCGUCCAGAAAACUCGCGAAGAGGUCGUUAAUACUUCCGACGAAAUCAGCGACAAAGCAAAAAGCGGAGCGAAAGAGGUCGCUAAGAAAGUCGGCGAUGUCGUUGAGGAUGUUGAAGAAGCCAAAGAUAAGGCAUUGGAAGACGCGAAAGAAGCUGCCGAGGAGGUCAAGGAUAAGAGUGGCGGGUUCUUUGGCAUCUUCAAGAGCCCAAAGACGAAGGGGAAGAAACGAAGCAAGUCGAAAGACAAGAGCUCUUCCAAGGAGACGUCUUUUGACAGCGGAGACGAAGAGCUGAGGAUUGCCACUGCGAAGUUUUUGAACGACACCAAAAAAAUUGCCGAGAGCACCGUCGAAGGUGAGGUGAGCAAAGAGAACAGGAAGGACUCCAUGGACAGAUUCGUCGCGAGGAAUUACGAAGAGGACACCCCGAAGGAGAAAAUCAAAGGUACUUCUUACGAAGUAACCAUCGCUGAGAAAAUUAAAAUCACCGAAAAGGUCGACGGCGUCGAAGCCGACAAGAAGUCGAGCAAGGAUGUCGCAAAAAAAGCGAAGGAGGAGCCGAAAGAGGUCCUUUCCAAGAGAAUUACCAGCAGCUCGGAGGAUAUUUCCGAGAAGGAGGUGCCGAAAACGAUCAAGGAGUUGUCUGAAAAAUCAACCGACGAUGGAAAGGACUCCGAAGACGACUCGAAGAGCAGCGCCUUCUUCGGCAUGUUCAAGAGCCCGAAGCUGAAGACGAAGAAACGAGGGAAGUCGAAGGAGCCGGUCUCUUCGCAGGAUACUUCGUUCGAAGCUGACGAGGACUUAAGAAAUGCGACGAGCAAAUUUUUGGAAGAUACUAGAAAAACGGCAGACAGCAUGCGCCACCCUGGAGAAGAGAGUCUCGUUGGAAAACGAAAUGGCGAUCAUCGUCCAGAAUCGUCUCUGAUCGAUGAAGUCAACGAAGCGAAGAGGGAAAUGCUGGAGAGACAAGUUGGUGAGGCGAAGGACAUGCCGACAGAUGCCAAGGAUAAAAGCGGAGGGAUCUUCAGCAUCUUUAAGAGCCCAAAGACCGCGGUCAAGAGAAGAAGUAGAUCAAAGGAUAAGAGCUCUUCCACCGACGUUUCCGUGGAUAGUGGAGAUGAAGAAGUCCGAGUAGCAACGGCCAAAUUUUUGGAGGACACCAGAAAUGCCGCCAACCUCAUUCACGACGAUUAUCGUCCUGGCGAUCCCGCUAAAAAAGCUGAUAAACAUGUUGCAGGAACUAAUGGAGUCGUGGAGAGUGCAAAAGAUGCUGCUAAGAAAUUGGCGGAUAAAACAAAGGAGGUAGACGAAGCGGUAGCGACGGAGGUGAAGGAAGCGACGAAGCAAGCUAAAGACAAAGCGAAAGCUGGAGAAGAGGUCAUUGUAGAUACAGCUGAAGAGAGUAAGGAUAAAGCCGCGAAAGAAGCGAAGAAAGCCAAGGAAAAGAGUGGUGGAUUCUUGUCUGGCAUCUUCAAGGGUGCAAAACACGCCGUUGACGAGGUUACCGGAGACGUAAAAGAGUUCUGGGAAGAAACGAAGGAAGAAGCGGUGGAAGAAGAAGAGCGCGCGAGAAAAGCUGCCGAAGAGGCUGCGAAAUCUGCAAAGGACUCGAAGGACAAAGCAACGAAGGAUGUGACAGAUGCAAAGGAUAAAAUAGCGAAAGAGGUGGCAGAAGACGUGCAGAAAGUUGCGGAUGCGGCGAAAGUAGCGAAGGAUAAAACAGCGGAAAAAGUUGCAGUAGGGAAAGAUGCAGUUGUAGAUGCAGCUAAAGCAACGGAAGAAAAAAUUGCGAAGGGUGCAGCUGAGGUGAAGGAAGGGGUUAAGGGAACCGCACAAAGUGUCAAGGAUGAUGCCAAGGCAGCAAAGGAUGCCAUUAGCCAGGAAAUUAAGGAAGAUGCGAAAAUCGUGAAGGAUAAAGUCAAAUCCGGUGUCGAAGCUGUCGGCGAGACGGCGGAAGCAACUAAAGAGAAAGCAGCGAAAGAGGCGAAAAAGGCAAAAGAGAAGAGUGGAGGAUUUUUAUCAGGCAUUUUCAAAGGUGCGAAACACGCGGUAGACGAGGUCACCGAAGAGGCGAAGGAAUUCUGGGAAGAAACUAAGGAAGAAGCGACCGAAGAAGAAGAGCGAGCGAAGAAAGCUGCGGAAGAAGCUGCGAAGUCCGCAAAAGAUGCGAAGGAUAAAGCGGCAAAAGAUAUAAAAGAUGUGAAGGAUAAAAUAACGAAGGAGGUCUCGGAGGAUGCACAAAAAGUCACGGACGCGGCGAAAGCAGCAAAGGACAAAACCGCGGAAAAAGUGGCAUCAGGGAAGGACGCAGUGGUGAGUGCAGUUAAGACAACGGAGGCGAAAAUCGCUAAAGGUGCAUCUGCAAUUGCGGAAGGUGCAAAGGACACUGCACGUGAAGUCGGUGACCAGGCUACAAAAGCAAAGGACGCUGUCAGUCAAGAAAUUAAGGAAGAUGCGAAAUUAGCAAAGGAUAAGGUCAAGUCAGGCGUUGAAGCUGCAGACGAGGCAGCGGAAGCGACGAAAGAAAAGGCCGCGAAAGAAGCGAAAAAAGCGAAAGAAAAAACUGGUGGAUUUUUAUCAGGCAUCUUUAAGGGUGCGAAACACGCCGUAGAUGACGUAACCGAGGAUGUGAAAGAAUUCUGGGAUGAUACCAAGGAAGAAGCCGCCGAAGAAGAGGAGCGUGCGAAAAAAGCUGCAGAAGAAGCUGCGAAGUCCGCGAAAGAAGCGAAGGAAAAAGCAGCACAGGACGUCAAGGAUGCGAAGGAUAAGACGGUAAAAGAGAUCUCAGAUGAUGCGAAGAAAGUCGUGGAUUCAACGAAAACAACAAAGGAAAAGGCUGAAGAGAAAGUCGUGAAAACUGCAUCGUCUGUGGCAGAAGGAGUAAAGGACGCUGCACAUGCAGUUGGAGAACAGGUUGCAAAGGCAAAAGACGCUGUCGGCAAAGAAGUCAAAGAAGACGCGAAGUUAGUCAAAGAUAAGGUGAAAUCCGGCGUUGAAGCGACUGCAGAUGCAGCUGAAGCAACCAAGGAAAAGGCUGCAAAGGAGGCGAAGAAAGCGAAGGAGAAAACCGGCGGCUUCUUGUCGGGCAUCUUCAAGGGUGCGAAGCACACUUCCGAAGAAGUUGUAGAUGAUGUUUCGGAAUUCCUGGAAACCACGAAAAGGGAAGCUGCAGAAGAAGAAGAACGGGCGAGAAGAGCUGCCGAAGAGGCUGUUAAGUCCGCUAAAGAAGCAAAGGAAAAAGCCGUUAAAGACGCCAAGGACGCGAAAGAGAAAAUUGCGAAAGACGUCAAGGAUGCUAAGGAUAAGGUGGCGAAAGAGAUAUCCGACGACGCCCAAAAAAUUGCAGAUGCUGGAAAAGCAAUCAAAGAUAAAACCGCAGAAAAGGUUGCUGCAGGACGAGAUGCAGUGGCAGAUGCAGUUAAAACCACGGAAGAAAAGAUCGCUAAAGGUGCGGUGACCGUAAAGGACACUGCUCAGGAAGUUGGAGACCGGGCUGCAAGAGCAAAGGACAGUGUCGGUAGAGAAAUCAAAGAAGAUGCGAAAUUAGUAAAGGAAAAAGCCAAAUCAGGCGUCGAAGCUGUAGGCGAGGCUGCGGAAUCGGCAAAGGAGAAAGCAUCGAAAGAAGCGAAGAAAGCAAAGGAGAAGAGUGGAGGAUUUUUGUCGGGCAUUUUCAAAGGCGCGAAACACGCCGUGGGUGAAGUAACAGAGGAUGUCAAAGAAUUCUGGGAUGAGACUAAGGAAGAGGCUGCAGAAGAAGAAGAGCGCGCCAAAAAAGCUGCAGAAGAUGCCUCAAAGAGCGUUAAGGAUGCAAAGGACAAGGCUGAAGCUGAAGCUAAAGAGGCCAAGGAUAAAAUUGCAAAGGAGCUCUCCGAAGAUGUAAAGAAAGUCUCCACUGUCGCGAAGGACGUUAAAGACAAAGCUUCCGAAAAAGUGGCUGCAGGUGUAGACGAAGUGGACGAUGCAGCAAGGACCGUGAGUGGCAAAGUUGCAAAAGGAAUCGCCGGAGUCGUGGAAGGCGCCAAAGACACUGCUCACUCCUUGGCGGAAGGAGCUAAGGCUACAAAAGACUCUGCAGCUGCAGAGGUAAAGGAGGACACGAAAAUCGUGAAAGAAAAAAUCAAAUCUGGCGUCAGCGCAACUGCUGAUGCAGUUUCCGCUACUAAAGAGAAAGCAGCAAAGGAGGCAAAGAAGGCCAAAGAGAAGAGCGGAGGAUUCCUGUCCGGCAUAUUUAAGGGCGCGAGACACGCGGUAGAGGAAGUGACGGAAGACGUGAAGGAAUUCUGGGACGAAACGAAGGACGAAGCCGAAGAAGAAGAAGAGCGGGCCAAGAAAGCUGCAGAGGACGCUGUGAAAAGCGUCAAAGACACGAAGGAUAAAGUCACAAAAGACUCUGCAGACGCGAAGGACAAGCUUGCGAAGGACGUGAAAGAGGCGAAGGACAAAGUGACAAAGGAAAUAUCGGACGAUGCCCAGAAAAUUGGGGAUGCAGCCAAAGCGGCGAAAGAAAAAACUGUGGAAACAGCAGCUGCAGGACGAGAUGCGGUUGUGGAUACUGCGAAGAAAGCAGAGCAAGAAGUGGCAAAAGGAGCUGCCGGUAUUGUGAAAGGGGCGAAGGAUGUUGCCCAGACCGUCAGCAAGGGGGCAACCAAGGCUGAAGAAAGCAUCAGCAAAGAAAUCAAAGAAAAUGUUAAAGUUGUAGAAGACAAGGCCAAAGCCGGAGCUGAAGCCGUUGCUGAAACCGCAGAAACUGCGAAGAGCAAGGCAGCGAAGGAAGUGAAGAAGGCUAAGGAGAAGACCGGAGGCUUUUUGUCUGGAAUCUUCAAAGGCGCAAAACACACCGCGGAAGAAGUAACUGACGAUGCCAAACAAUUUCUGGAACAUACUAAAAAGGAAGCGGCCGAGGAAGAAGAGCGCGCUAGAAAAGCUGCAGAGGCUGCCAAAGACGAAAAAGACAAAGCCAUAGCCGGAGCGAAGGACGUAAAGGACAAAGUUGCAAAAGAGAUCUCUGACGAUGCUCAGAAAAUCGCGGAUGCCUCGAAAGCUGCGAAGGAUAAGACCGUGGAAACUGUUGCAGCAAGUCAUGAUGCCGUGGCAGAUGCAGUGAAACAAGCGGAGGAUAAAGUUGCAAAGGGGGCUGCAAAGAUAGAGAAAGACGUAAAAGGUGCUACUCGGUCCGUCAGCGAGGGAGCAAAAUCUGCGAGAGAGAGUGUCGAAAAGGAAAUUGAGGAGGAUGCCAAACUCGUGAAGGAGAAGGUAAAAUCCGCGGCAGAUGCAGUUGCAGAUUCCGCCGAAGCCACGAAGGACAAGGCUGCGAAGGAGGCGAAGAAAGCCAAAGAGAAGGCUGGAGGAUUCCUGUCCGGCAUCUUCAAAGGCUCAAAGCACACUGCUGAAGAAGUUACCGAUGACGCUAAACAAUUUCUCGAAGAAACAAGGAGGGAAGCUGCAGAGGAGGAAGAGCGUGCCAGAAAAGCUGCCGAAGAAGCCUCGAAGAGCCUCAAGGAAGCAAAGGACAAGGCCUCGAAGGACCUCAAGGACACCAAGGAUAAGAUCUCGAAGGAAAUUUCCGAGGACGCAAAGAAGGUCGCAGAUGCUACACAAUCUACCAGUGACAAAGUUGCAGCAGGAGCAGCAAGUAUUGUGGAAACUGCAAAAGAGACGGUGCAAGGAUUGAGCGAGGGAGCAAAGACCGCGAAGGAUUCGAUGGCAAAGCAGGUGAAGGACGAGGCAAAGUCCGUAUCGGAAAAGGUAAAAUCUGGAGCUGAAGCUACGGCGGAGUCUGCCGAAGCUGCAAAAGAGAAAACUGCAAAGGAGGCCAAGAAAGCCAAGGAGAAGGCCGGUGGAUUUUUCUCGGGGAUCCUGAAGGGUGCCAAGCAAGGUGCUGAUGAGGUUGCAGAAGAUGUCAAGGACUUCUGGGAUGAAACCAAGAAGGAAGUAGCAGAGGACGAAGAGCGAGCAAGGAAAGCUACCGAAGACGCUGCCAGAGCUGCUAAAGAGGCCAGAGAUAAGACCUCAAAAGGUGUUAAAGACGCGAAAGACAAAAUAACUCAAGAAGUCGCCGAAGAUGCGAAGAAGGUUGCAGACGCUGCCGAAGCUGCGAAGAAAGAAACUCUCGAGAAAUUAACUGCCGGGAAAGAAACCGUUGACGAAGCUGCGAAAGCAGCAGCCGAUAAAGCUGCGAAAGGUGCUGAAAAAGUUGCUGAAGAGACGAAGGACGCUGCUCAGUCCGUUGCCGAAGGUGCUAAAGCGGUGAAAGAGAAGGCUGUAAAAGAGACGAAGAAGGCCAAGGAAAAAGGCAGCGGAUUUCUGUCUGGGAUCUUCAAAGGAGCGAAACAUACAGCUGAUGAAGCUGCAGAUGACGUUAAGGAAUUCUUAGACGAGACGAAGAAAGAAGCAGAAGAGGAAGAGGAGCGUGCCAAACGAGCGGCUGAUGACGCUUCCAAGAGUGUAAAGGAUGCCAAGGACAAGGCUGCCGCUGGUGUCAAGGAUGUCAAGGACAAAAUUGCAAAGGAAAUAACAGACGAUGCUAAAAAAAUUGCAGACGCUGCGAAAACGGCAAAAGACGCUGUCGUGGAAAAGGCAGGUGCAACGCGAGAUGGAGUGACAGAAGUCGUGCAGAAAACAGAGAACAAAGUUGCGAAAGGAGCUGCCGAGGUGCGAAAAGAUGUGCAGGUGGCUGCACAUUCAGUAGGCGAGGGAGUAAAAAGUGCAAAGGAAAGUGUCAGCAAAGAAGUGAAGGAAGAUGCUGAGUUUGUAAAGGAUAAAGUGAAGUCUGGAGCAGAAGCCGUUGCUGAGACUGCUGAAUCUGCAAAGGAGAAGGCGACGCAGGAGGCGAAGAAGGCUAAAGAGAAGGCUGGAGGAUUCUUGUCUGGCAUCUUCAAAGGCUCCAAACACACUGCAGAGGAAGUUACGGAUGAUGCGAAAGCAUUUUUAGAAGAAACCAGGAAGGAAGCGGCCGAAGAAGAAGAACGAGCAAGACAAGCAGCUGAGGAAGCUGCGAAAGCUGCGAAGGAUGAUAAGGACAAAGCCGUAGCCAGUGCAAAAGACGCAAAAGACAAGGUUGGACAGGAAGUUUCGCAGGAUGCCCAACAGGUUGCCGAUGUCGCAUCAGAAGCAAAGAAAGCAAAAGACAAGAGUGGAGGAUUUUUGUCGGGCAUUUUUAAAGGUGCAAAGCAUGCCGUCGAUGAAGUGACGGAUGACGUUAAGGAGUUCUGGGAUGAAACGAAGACGGAGGCAGCGGAGGAAGAAGAGCGUGCCAGGAAAGCAGCAGAGGAUGCUGCAAAAUCUGCCAAGGAUGCAAAAGACAAGGCUGCGAAGGAUGUGAAGGAGGCCAAGGACAAGGUCGUGAAAGAAAUUUCAGAAGACGCUCAAAAAGUUGCCGAUGCCGCCAAAGCAACAAAAGAUAAGGCCGCAGAAAAAGUUGCAGCAGGACGAGAUGCAGUGGUCGAAACUGUUAAAGUGACCGAAGAAAGAGUCGUUAAAGGAGUUGUCAAAGUAGAGAAAGAUGUAAAGGAUGCUGCCCAGUCUGUGAGCGACGGUGCAAAGAGUGCAAAGGAUGCAGUCGAAGAAGAUGCUAAGAUCGCGAAGGAGAAGAUAAAAUCUGGAACAGAGGCUGUUGCAGAUGCCGCAGAAGUUACUAAGGACAAAGCCGCAAAGGAGGCGAAAAAGGCCAAGGACAAGACUGGAGGAUUUUUAUCCGGCAUCUUCAAGGGUGCGAAACAAGGAGCUGAAGAAGUCACCGAUGACGUCAAGAGCUUCUUGGAGGAAACGAAAAAGGAGGUAUCGGAAGAACAAGAACGCGCAAGAAAGGCGGCAGAGGACGCUGCGAAAUCUGCAAAAGAUGCAAAAGACAAGGCUGCGAAGGAUGUGAAGGAGGCCAAGGACAAGGUCGUGAAAGAAAUUUCAGAAGACGCUCAAAAGGUCGCCGAUGCCGCCAAAGCAACGAAAGAUAAGGCUGCAGAAAAAGUUGCAACAGGACGAGAUGCAGUGGUAGAGACUGUAAAAGUGACAGAAGAAAAAGUCGUCAAAGGAGCUGCCAAAAUAGAGAAAGAUCUAAAGGACGCUGCCCAGUCUGUGAGCGAUGGUGCAAAGAGUGCAAAGGAUGCAGUCAAAGAAGAUGCUGAAAUCGUGAAGGCGAAGAUAAAAUCCGGCACAGAGGCUGUUGCAGAUGCUGCAGAAUCUACCAAGGACAAAGCAGCAAAGGAGGCGAAGAAAGCCAAGGAAAAAUCCGGCGGAUUUCUGUCGGGCAUCUUCAAGGGCGCAAAACAUGCCGUGGAUGAAGUGACCGAGGAUGUCAAAGAAUUCUGGGACGAGACAAAGGAAGAGGCUACAGAAGAAGAGGAGCGCGCAAGGAAGGCUGCAGAAGAUGCAGCCAAAAGCGUCAAAGACACCAAGGACAAAGUCGCGGCAGGUCUUUCGGAUGUAAAAGACAAAGCAUCUAAAGAAAUUUCCGAGGAUAAGCAGAAAAUUGCCGACGCCUUGAAGACAACGAAAGAUAAAGUUUCAGACACGGCAGUAGCAGGUCGUGACGCGGUUGCAGAUUCUGCCCAAGCGGCAAGUGAAAAAGUUGCAAAAGGCGCUGCUGCAGUUGCAGAGGGAGUAAAGGGCGCCGCUAAAUCCGUGGCGGAUAAAACGAAAGCUACGAAGGACUUGGCGGUGGAGGAAGUGAAGGAAGACGCAAAAAUUGUGAAAGAUAAAAUCAAGUCUGGAGCCGAAGCCACCGUCGAGGCCGCCGAAUCGGCUACAGAGAAAGCUGCAAAACAGGCGAAGAAGGCAAAAGAAAAGAGCGAUGGAUUUUUGUCUGGCAUCUUCAAGGGAGCGAAGCAGAGCGCCGAUGAUGUUACGGACGAUGUAAAGGAGUUCUUGGAAGAGACGAGAAAGGAAGCUGCAAAAGAGGAAGAACGCGCCAGGCGGGCAGCUGAAGAUGCUGCAAAGUCUGCAAAGGAUGCUGCGGAUAAGGCUGCAAAAUCUGUAAAGGAUGCUGCUGAUAAGGCAGCAAAGGAAACCAAGGAAGCGGCAGAUAAGGCUGCGAAAGAGGCCAAGGAUGUCAAGGACAAAAUUUCCAAGGAGCUUUCCGAGGAUGCGCAGAAAUUAGCCGAUGCAACCAAAGCUGCGAAAGAUAAGACUGUAGAGAAAGCAGCUGAAGGACGAGAUGCCGUAGUGGAUUCUGCCAAAGUGGCGGAAGAAAAGAUUGCAAAAGGCGCUGCCAAAGUAGAAAAGGACAUAAAAGAUGCGGCACAGUCCGUGAGCGAUGGAGCAAAAGGUGUAAAAGACGCCGUCAAGGAGGACGCUGAAAUUGUGAAGGAGAAAAUAAAAUCUGGCGCAGAAGCCGCUGCAGAUGUAGCCGAAUCUACUAAAGACAAAGCCGCGAAGGAGGCAAAGAAAGCCAAGGAAAAGACAGGUGGAUUUCUCUCCGGGAUCUUUAAAGGAGCCAAGCAAAGUGCCGACGAAGUUUCGGACGAAGUAAAGGAGUUCCUGGACGAAACUAAAAAAGAGGCAGCUGAAGAGGCAGAGCGCGCUCGACGUGCCGCCGAAGAAGCUGCAAAAUCCAUCAAGGACGAAAAGGACAAAAUUGCGAAAGAAGCGAAAAAUGCAAAAGAUAAAAUAUCAGAGGGAAUCUCAAAGGACUCGAAGAAGGUUGCAGAUGCUGCGCAGGCUGCAAAGGAUAGGGUUGCAGAAAAAGCAGCAGCGGGUCGCGAUGCGGUUGUAGAUACAAUUAAGACAACCGAAGACAAAGUUGAAAAGGAAGCUGCGAAAGUAAAAAAGGGGGCGAAAGAUGUCGCGCAAUCUGUAAGCAAUGGAGCUAAAAGCGUCAAGGAUGCUGCGAGGAAGGAGGUGGAAAAGGACACCGAAAUCGUGAAGGAGAAGGUGAAGACUGGAACCGAAGCUGUCGCGAAUGCAACCGAAGCUACCAAGGAGAAGGCAGAAAAGGAGGCGAAACAGGCCAAGGAAAAGAGUGGUGGUUUUCUGUCGGGCAUCAUUGAAGGUGCAAAACACGUCGUGGAAGAAGUAACGGACGACGUAAAGGAGUUCUGGGACGAAACGAAGGAAGAAGCCGCUGAAGAGGAGGAGCGCGCACGAAAGGCUGCCGAAGAAGCGGCGAAGAGCGCAAAAGAGGCAAAAGACAAAGUCGUCGGUGACGUAAAGGACGCGAAGGAUAAAGUAUCGAAGGAACUGACCGAAGACAAGAAGAAAGUGGUCGAUUCCGUUAAAUCAACGACCGACAAGGCUGCAAAGGAAGUGAAAAGCAAGGCCGAGAAUCUAGCUCAGUCGGCAAAGGGUGCGAAAGAGUCCACGAAGAAGACAGUCAAAGAAGACGCUCAGAUCGUCAAAGACAAGAUAAAGUCAGGUGCGGAAGCAGUCGCGGACACCGCGGAAAGCGUCAAGGAGAAGACGACGAAAGAGGCCAAAAAGACGAAGGAGAAAAGCGGAGGUCUUCUAUCCGGCAUCAUAAAAGGAGCGAAGCACGCGGUGGGCGAAGUUACGGAGGAGGUGAAAGAGUUCUGGGAAGAGACCAAAGAAGAAGCGGAGGAGGAGGAGGAGGAAAGAUCAAAGCGAGUGGAAUCCCCGUCCAGACCCAGCAAAGAUGCGAAAGAAGAGGUCCCUUCCAAAGAAAUCAAGAGCAAGGAAGACCCCUCGAAGGACACCACGAAGAGCCCCGAAUCCUCGAAGAAAUCCUCGAGUCCAGGGAAAAAAUCCCUGGAAUCGAAGAAAGAGGAGACCCACGUGGUCUCCUUCGACUCUCCCCUGGAGGUCCAAUACACCCCAGCCUCGGUGGACCCCAAAGUGGCGACCCAGAAAUUCCUGGAAGACACCAGGAACGUCGCCCACCGGACCAACUACCCCACGUCCUCCGGUUCUCCGGUGCAAUCCAGGAGCCCUCCGGACAGGGAGCCAUCCGACAAGGAAAAAUCUAAAUCAAAGAAACCCAAGGGUGGCGUGGUCUCCAGCCUGGUGAAGGGGGCGAAGGGCGCCACACACAAGAUCGCAAAAGAGGUGGACCACGCCGCCGAGGGCAUCAAGGGUGUUUCGGAGAAGUUUUGGGAGGACACCAAACGCAUGUCCGGAGCCGCCACGGUCUCGGGUAGCUACGACGUUUCCUCGCCUCCUAGGGACUCUCAGAUAGUCAGGGACGAGGUAGCUACCGAGUCGGAAGUUACCUUAGAGUCUUCGGAGUUGUUGGGUAGGCUUAGCGAUCAGGGAACAGGCUCCUCAGGGUCCGAGUCCAGGUCCAAGACGUCCCCCUCGCGCAUUCCGCAAAAAGUUAGCCCCCUGAAGGAGAAGGUCUCGGUAGUGUCGGUAGUGGAGAGUUCGGUAGAGAAGUCUGAAAGGUCCGAAAGGUCGGAUAGGCUGAUAGCCGGGGUUUCGAGUAGAUUGGAGCACCUCGAGCCUCGUGCACGUCAAACCGUGACCACAGUCGUUACUAAAUCUGUGCGUACGGCGGCGACCCCACCACCCAGCCCCGCCGAGUUCACUGAUGGUAGCAUUAAAGAUGUGACCGAGGAGGCGACCAGGAGGGCCCAAAUUCUCGCCGAGGAGGCCAGAUCGGUAGUACCGGCAGGGCAUGAUUCGGCUGAGAUUGAUGGGACUGUAGAGAGGCAUGCUACUUCUACUCCGACAAAGCAACCCGUCCCCGCCCCGCGUCACUCCACCAAGCCGUCCACCAAAUCAGAUCUUCAUCUAGACCUCGAAGACACAUCCAUCGCACAGCCAACGAAAAGUCACGUCUCGAAACUGCCAGAGCUCGAGGUGAGAUCGCCCCGAAGAAAGGAGCCGAAAGAGGAAUCCAAAGCCAGCCCGAAAAGCAAAAUCCCCGUCAAAGUGCACAUACGAGAGACCGCCGAAGAGCGAAAGACAGAAGCUACUGUCACCAAAACUACGGUAGCUAAGAGCAUCUCCAAAGACAAGUCGGAAGUCGCUUCAAAGACCCUCAGGGGGGUUUCUAAAGUUACAGUGGAAGACAUACUACCCGCCAACGAGAAACCGAAAGAAGCUACCGAGAGACAGGACGUAGUUACCUCCUCCGAAGAGUUCGAUAAAGGCGACAGGAUCGUAAAGACCGUAACUACUGUGACCAGGUCCGGAGAAACUACUGACGGGGCGGAUAAUGAUGAGGUAAGGCACGACAGUAGCUUCACGAGAACUACCGUGACGACGACCUCCGGUGGGGAGCUACCGGACGACGGUGCGUGGCUAUCCGAUCCUAGUUGCGUGACGAGAACGGUAACUACUGUCAGAACUACCUCAGGGACAGUAGCUAGCGACUCAGGGGAACCGAUCACCCGCGACUUCAGCGAGAGGGCGUUUAAAGAGAAACUCGAAGAGUUCGCCAAAGACAGUAGCUUCACGGUAAGGACCGUAAAGACCGCCGUGACGGAGGUGAUCCCUGCCGAGGCGUAUGAGGACAUAUUCAAGGACGCUGGAGUAGCGAAAAGCGUGGAUUAUUCCCAGGAUUUGGCAGGAGUACCUUCCAAAGAUGGGAAGUGUACCGUCGAGAGAACCGUAACUACUGUCCGAAGCAACGCUGGGGAUCUCGGUACUCUCGAAGGUUUCGACUUCAAGGAAGACCUCUCGAAGUCGCUGAUCGUCGAGGCCGGGUCUUUCGAAGGCGAGAGUCCUUCUGGAAUUUUAAGGGAGACCAUUAGCACCGUCAGGUCGGAGUCAGGGGAGCCCGACUCUUGGACGGAGACAGUAGUUACCAAACACCUGUCCGAUGGGAAAGUCGAGACUUGGGAGACCACCAGCAGGUCUGGAGAACAGGAACACUGGGACACUCAGUUCUCCCUCGACACCUCGCCGAGCUCUGGCAACGGGGACGUUUACGUUAAAAAUGGUAACUCGAGGCACGAACUUAACAGCGACUCUGACAGUGACAGUUCACCGCAACCCAGGAGACGGUCUCCCUGCAAGAGGCGGACUCUGGGCAGCUCCAGCGGGUCGGAUGUCGCACUUCAUGAAGGGGCCGAGCUGUCCCCGAUGGAGGACGACCAAGGUACCUCACUCACAGCUAACAUUCUAAAGUCUGACUUCAUGCAACACAACGAGCCCACUUACAUGGAAACGACCACGACGGAGAUGGGUCCCGAUGGGCAAACGAGAAUAACGAAGACAACGAGGACGAUCACGACGACGACCACGACCUCGGCGUCGGGAGGGCCGGAGGAUUUGCGCGACUCCAUGCAGAAGAUCGUCGACAGGUUCAUGACGGAAGAGAAGAGAGGCCAGUGAACGAUUCCCACGGGAUCGGCGAGAUUCCAGAUGCGAGACUCCCGAGGAUUCGCGAUUCGCGAGUGCACUCGGAGAUGAGCGCAUCUAGCGACCCCUGAUAAGACGCAUCCUCGCAGACUCCGAUAAGACGCAUCCUCGCGCGUCCUUCGGCGUCCCUGAUAGCAAUACGGGGCAUCGAGCCAGCUUAUCGCCCCGAGGUUGAUACCACCAAGCUCCAGGACCUGGUCCCCGCAAGAAGGAUGUUCCAUCACCAACGAGAGACAUCUUCGCAUCUUCACCGAGAUGCAUCAUCUUCGGGAGGCUGCGACUCGCGAAUGCCCUCGGGACAUGCGUUGCAGACACCUCGCGAUAGAUUCUAAGCGAACAUUUAUCGAUACGCGACGAAAGGUUGCGCCGGAUAGGAAGGUCCGAGUUCUCGAAGACGAUGGACGAGACGCCUUUCCUUCCCUUGUGGCUAAAUUACGGAUUCCAUGGAGCGAGAUACUCUAAGCGAGAUAGGAAACACCGUACUACGCGUUUGAAAUUGUAACCCGUCGACUGGGUCAGGACCCAGGACGCGAUGGAGAUAGGGCCUCGAGGAGUUGCGCAUCCUUGGAGCCGGACCCCUAAAGACGCAUCACGUCCCAAGGGGUUCGGUUUGGAACGUUUUCCGGUACCACAGCGUACAAUUUUCUUGGCUACCGACCCGCACCGAAUCCGCAGCGAGAUCCUGGCCUAGCCUUUGCCGUCGCCUCUCUCCGGGGCGGCGAAUUCGCACGCUAGUUCGACUAGCUUCGAGCUAGUUCAAACCCAGCUACGCUAAACCCGUCCAUGAUCAGCUCUUCUUCUGCGACCCGGACCGCGAACAUAGCCCUUAGCACGCGAAGUAAGGCCGUGAAAUGCUUUCGAUGCAGACCAGGUCGUCCCAAAAAUCCGGAAUACUUUCUUCAGGAAGGAUUAAACUUGUCUCGCGGGAUGCUUAGGAGAUCGCUCGCUGGGUGCAGAAAUGGUAUUCGGAGUCCUGGGACAUCUUGGCGAGGGGAAUGUAAAAAAAAAAAGAAGAAACGAGCGUUUUAGGGUAUAUCUAAUGGGUGUUUCUCCGCGUUGUUCGGGCCGAAAGGCGAGACAGCCUCUCCUCGGUGGGAGAGGACGCGUUUCCCUAGGACGAGGUCGAGGUGCGUCCUCUUUGUCUCGUAGCAUCGUCAAGUUCGUCACGCAUGCAUCGCUUCCUAGGCUGUAAGGGCUCGAACGAACUGCGCAAGCUCUUUGUAGAGCUUCGACUACGAAACGAAAAUCGCUUAGCCAUUUCGCAACACGUCCGAGGUGUAUAGACCACUUGUCGUUUCCCAGAAACGCGGAAUCGGAUCGAUCCUGGAUGGGUACUUUACGAAUUGACUACCACUUACCGUCGUACUCGGAUCCUCGAUUUAAAAUAAGUACACCCGAAGAAUUCUCCAAGCGAUCCCCGACCUGGGAAACUGCAAGAGGCAGUCCUUAUUCGCCAAGCGGAGUAUACACUGUAUAAAUUUCUCUUAUUUAACGGGAUGUACUUCCUAACAGUUUUUAAUUGUGUACAUUAUAAUUAUUUUUCUUAAGCGUACGUAUACAUAUAUAUAAAUAUUAUAUAUAUAUAUAUAUAUAUAACUUACACGUGUUUACAUGACUACUGUACUGUUGUAAUAAUGACGCAUCGGAAUCAUUGAAAGACGAUGAUGAAACAGUUUCAUUUCCAAAGCUCGCUCAGCGGGCGACCGCCGUAUUCGACGGUCGCGAAUUCGUCGUCUCUUAUCUUUUUUUUUCUCUCUCUCUCCUUCCCCCGGGAGUUAUCGAGACCGAUCGAGCGGGGCGUAUUUUCCACUUAAGCGAGGUCUAACGAGCCUAACAAGGGAGCUUUGGACUCGAGAAAGAGAAAAUACGAUCGUAUCGUCUCGACAUUUGGCGCCAUUAGCUUUCGGUGUGACGUGGUUUGGCAAGAACCGGACAUAAAGGAAAAAGAUAAAAAGUCAAGGUCGCACCCAGUGCGGCGUAUAUAUUUAGGAGUCUCCUAGCGUAAAGAUACUCUAUUGAUAAUAAAUACAAAUAAAUAAAUAUAUAAUAUAUCGAGAAGAACAGAUAUAUAUAUAUACACGAAAGAGUGAAAAAAGACGCACUUCCGAGAUUUAUAAAUUAUUGUAUCCGUAAUCUGUCCAGUAUGCAUUCGAUAGACUUGCCUAGAGCCCACCUGACCUAAGGACCAAAGGCACAAUCACCCGCGCAUCAAAAUAAAGAUACAUUGUACCGCUCCUAUAUACGUCUACCGCUAUGUCUAACGAUAAUGUCUAAAACCACUCCGUUGUGAUAACAGACAAACUUGGAUCGGUCCCAUGUACGUGUACAGGGUAUUUCAAUGGCGCCUUGCGAGACGCCCGAUUCCGAUGAUCCUGCGAAAACGAUCGAUGAUCGAUGCUUAAACUUUGGACGACGUUAUGUACUCUCUUUUUCUUUCCUUUCGCGUUUUAGAACCGCAACUCGCCGAGCGCAAUCCCUCGACAUGCGAGCGUCCGAAUGCUUAGCCGAAACGAUCUGAAAAGGGGGAGAAAAAAAAAUAGGGAAAAAAAAAGAGGAUCCGGAAAUAGGCGUCGGCUUUUUCGUGCAACCUCCCCGACGACUUCGCGACGUCCGAUCGACACGGCUUACGAUUUUCGUAACGUUUUGUACGAUUUAGUUUUCCGAAACCUCUCACGCCGCAUCUUCGAGCUAUGGCAGUCUUUCUCCCGCUCUAGGCGCUAAAAGAGAAAAGAAACAACCGACUGUUAAGGAGAUAAUAUUGCGUCUCAGAGCUCUACUAUUGUGUGAUAGGACUUUCGACGACAGUAUGAAUAAUAAAAUAUCGUAUUUCCCCCUCGA